CGCUGUGCUGGAUAGUUCUUGCUUUGGUCCUGGCUGCUGCGGAGAUGGAGGCGACUUCGGAGAAGUCCAUCGCCAUGAGCCGCGUCGCCGGGAAAUUUAUAAAAGCUAUGGAGGGUUGUCGGGACGAGGCCAAAUUAACCACUGACAUCAUGAAACGAAUGGAACAAACCUGGGAUUUUGACUUCGAUGUGGACCGCAGAGAGAUCGGCUGCGCCAUCAUCUGUGCCUCCAACCAGUUCUCCAUACUGGAAGAUGACAACCACGUGAAAUAUGACAGUUUGACAGAUUACCUUAAGAGUAUUGAAAAUGGUGACGUUCUAGCUGCCACAGCAACAGAUUUAUACACGGACUGCGAGAAACAAAACGAGCACGUUGAUGACGACUGCAGCCGCGCCGCUAAGAUGUUCGCUUGCUUCAGGACCGAGGCCAAGAAGGCCGGCUUUGUGCCCUACGUCGACUUGAUUAAAGAUUUGUUAGAGGAGAGUUAACCAACGGCGAAACGUGCACUUCGACACCAUACAGACAGGAUUGGCGUGUCUUUGGCAAAACAUGUUUGGUUAAGCAUAAUGGAUACUUUAGUUUUCAUAAAGUUCAUUUCAUAAAGCAUAUCAUUUCAAGUCGUUUAAAUUAUAUUUUAGAUUUGCAAUAAAAAAACUA